AUGGUAGGAAACAUCACUGGUGACUUCAGGCCAUGUAAGAAUCAGUAUAAAAUAACCUUCAAAUUUGAGACCAAAGUCAUUCCAGUAAGCGUUGAAAAGGUCUCCCUAAACCUCUUCAAAUUUGCCGAUUUUGAAGAGAUAUUAAGCCCUUCAUUUGAUCAACAAAUUUUGGCUGAUGUCAUUGGCUCACUUACAGCCAUAGAAUUGAAUGCUUUUCUGCAAGCUGGAAAUAUUUCCAAUGUUGUUGUUGUGCUCUUACUUGCCAAACUCAUGACAUUUCAAGGAGAAAUUCAAUUGCAAAAUGCAUUCAAUUGCAGCAAACUACUGUUCAACCCGGAUCAUCCCGAUGUUUAUUACCAGCGUACUAUAUUCAUUGUCCUUGAAAGUGUUGAAGAGAUUGUUAACCCUGAUGAUUGGAGCUACAAAGCUUGCAAGUGCAACAAUUCUGUUAAGGACAACGAAGACAGGUACAAACUUUGUGUUUCUCUGGCCGAUGACACUGGAUCUACAGAAUUCAUGAUUUUUGACCGUGAAGGUUAUGCCAUUAUUCAAAAAUCAGCCAAAGAUGUCGAGGCAAAUGUUGUUAAGGGGGGGUGA